UCGUAGGUAGGGUAAUGCAAUCAAAUAUAUCAAAUGUCUAUGGUAUUUCUAAAGAGCGUUUUUUUGACAAAUACGUUUUCAUUAUAUUCUAAAUCACUAGUAUUUCUUUAUACAAUGUUCGAUAAAGACAUGUGUUGGAAAGCGUAGGAAGUUGAUAGACAUGGCUCAAAUGACAAUCAUGACACCAAUGUGUGAUACACACGAAGAUGUUGUCGCUGAAAUACUUUGUUUGAACCACAGACGGCUUAUGUGUGUCACUUGUGGUUUAAAAGAAGCAAAACUUUCAGAAUGUGAAGUUCUUGAUAUACGUCAUUUAGGCAAACAGGAUUCGCUUUUACUAAGAAGUUUGUUGCUAAAGCAAAGUGUUUCAAAGAAGGAACGUCAAAUUGAUGAACACGCGGAAAAGGCUGCGGAGAUGAAAAAAGUCUUAGAACAAAAUGUACUUGACACGUAUAACAAACUUAUUGAUCGAAUACAAGAGUUGAAAUCGAACAGUUUGGCGUUACUUGAUAAACAAGCGAAUGUUAUCCUGCAAACAAACAAAGGUAAAAAGCAACCUCUUCUAACUUUUCAAAAGGAAAUCGAUAUAUACAUUAAAAAAAUAUCUAUUGAAUCGUUGAACGAUCCCAAUGAUCUUGAACGUGAAUUAAAUGAGAUUGAAAAGAAAAUUCUGGUAACCCUUAAUAUUAAAGAGACUUUGCUAGAAAGUUCAUGCAAUCCAAAUGCUGAAUUAGAAAAUUCAAUUAUGCAGUCAGACAAAUUUCUGAGCUACGUGUCAUUAUUGGAUCAAGAGCAUUAUGAUGUAAUCCCUGAUACUCCACAGAAAGAACCUAUAUAUUCGGAUAUCCGGACGGCAAAGUAG